UAAUAGCUUGUUAAUAUUUUUGGAUGGAAGGUUUAACUUAAAACUACAAGUCUGAUAUUGUAUACACCGGCGGACAGAAUGAGUAUUCAACCUGUUGCGACCACAGAUUGUAUGAUGAACAGUAAAUCACAUGAGUUUGAACAAAAUAUGUCUGGUUUUUUGUUAGUAUGUUUUGAAGUUCUCUAUGUAUAAGUUUCAAGUUAAUAAGAAAAUUUAAAGCAAAACGAUACAGAAAAUGCAAGUGAAAGUAAACAUAACCUGUCACCAAAUAUAUAGAUCCAAGAUGAUGGUAAGCUUCCUCGAACUAUAUGCCCUGGUUGCAACAUACAGUUGCAAGCAACUGUUCAGUUUUUUGACCUAUUGGUGGAGGGUCAGAAGAAAAUUAGAGAGAUGUGGAAAAAUCAGAUAGAACAGCAGAGAAAGGCAGAAAGAGAGCGCCUUCGGGCUGAAAAAGAGGGUGUUGAGUCUCUCUUAAUUUCUUCUGCUCAGGAUGUUCCAACCUCAGAAGCAGAAGCUGAUGCAGAAAACCGGAUUGUGAUACAGAUUCUGGCUGAUGGUACACUGUUUCCUGCUGACCAUGAGAUGGCACUGAAGAUGGAGGGUUUGGAGAGGCCACGUCGUAAACGAGGACGUCCUCCAAAAAGACAAGUAGAAUCCACUGAAGAGAAAGAAGUAGAGAAGGAAUCAGAGUCACCAGAAGCUUCCCAAGAUCCUGAAGAGAUGGAAGAAGAUGCUGAUGGUAGACGGCGUAGGAAAAGGAAAGUGCCACAGAGGUUCAGGGAAGCUGUGCAAGGAAAGGAAUUGGAAAGAAUAUUCCGAGAAGAGGGAGUAAUUGAUGAAGAUGAACCUGAAGAGGAAGAGGAAGAUGAAAUAGAAGAAAAAGCAACUACUGGGGAUCAUGAUGGAAAUGAUGCAGAGAUUAUUGGUCACCUGGAAACACAAGAAGGACAAGACCUUGGAGAACUUGUAAUUGUUAAUCGAGGCCGUGGAAGAGGUAGACCUCGAGGCAAGAGAAGAAGGAUUCGUUUUCAGUGUGAAAUAUGUGGUCGGGGUUUCCAGCAUAAGGGGAGAUAUAUUGUACAUAAGAGCUAUCACAAAGGAGUUAAAUUUGAAUGUAAUACGUGCAACAAGAGAUUUUCCAACAAAGACAAUUUUGAUCUACAUCAGAAGACAACAGGGCAUACUGGAGAGGGCAUUAUAGAGGGCUUGGAAGAUGGAGAAAAUACUGAAGACUUGGCAUCUGGUAAUCGCUAUCCUUGUGACCAGUGUGAGAAGACUUUUCAGACAAAACAGAGUUAUGAGGUCCAUUUAAAAGCAAUCCAUGAAGGUCAAAGACCAUUUGCAUGUGAAGUGUGUGGAAGGAGUUUUGCAUAUCAUAACAGUUUGAAGGGGCACAUGCUGUCACAUGAGGAACAAAAGGCUGAGAAAGGUUACCCUUGUGACAUAUGUGGAAAGAUGUUAAAUCAUCCCAGUUCUGUAGUAUAUCAUAAGGAAGCAGAACACAACAACGGGAGGCGUUUUGUCUGCAACAAGUGUGGGAAAGGUUUCAAACAUAAACAGCUUCUACAGAGGCAUCAGUUGGUUCAUUCUGAUGACCGGCCAUUUGUAUGUAAGUCUUGUGGUGCAAGUUUCAAAACAAAAGCAAAUCUAUUGAAUCAUCAGCCAACUCACACUGGUGAAAAGAAAUACUUCUGUGAACUGUGUGGACAGCAGUUUGCACAUAAGACAAGUCUCACAUUGCAUUAUAGGUGGCACACUGGCCAGAAACCAUACCAGUGCCAAGUAUGUAACAAGAACUUCUCACAGAAUGGUAACCUCCAAGAGCAUCUACGUAUACAUACUGGAGAGAAACCUUUCUGCUGUGAUUACUGCGGCAGGAAGUUUACAACAUCUUCACAAUUCAAGCUACAUGUGAAGAGACAUACUGGAGAACGACCGUGGAAAUGUGAGUUCUGUGGAAAGUCUUUCUUGCAUAAAGACACAUGGAAGUGUCAUACUAGAAGACAUAAAGGAGAGCGUCCAUUCCAGUGUCAUUUCUGUGCACGAGGAUUCACAGAACAAUGGGCACUCAAAAAACAUCUGCGCCUACAUACAGGCGAGAAACCAUACUCCUGUAAUAUGUGUGGGAAAGCUUUUGCUGAUUGUUCAAACCUCACCAAGCAUAAAAAGGUUCAUCGUGAAAACAAGGACGGUAUUGUCGGAGCAGCUGGAGGUAUUUCUGUAGAUCGAACAGUUUGGAAUAUUAUUCGCUCACAUCUGUCAAAGGAAGUGUCAAACGAUGGCAAUGCGGAAGGUGAAGCGAGGACAGGAGAGGAAGGUGAUGGUGUCCAGCAGAUUAUUUAUGUAACAUAUCAAGAUCCAGAUGACCCCAGUGAAGCCAGAACUCUUCAUAUUGUAGAUGACAUGCAGGCUGAUAGUGAUGCAGCGACCGGACAACCUGAGCAGCAGAACGGAAUACCUUUGCCUGAGGAAACGGAGUCUGUGACUUCAGUAGGAGGGAUUAUAACAGCUCCAGAACCUGUUGAUACAAAUGGAAUUGAAUUGAGUCAUCUGUCACAGUCAACAGCCAUGCAGCUGUCUGGGUCCCAUUCACUGCAUGUAACAGAUGAAGAUGGUAAUCCUAUCCAAUUUACUAUGCAGGAUGGACGGCAAUUGCAGAUUACAACAGCAGAUGGGCAGUCUAUUCAAGUGAUGACUACGGUGGAUGGUCAGACAAUACCAUUACAAUUAAUGACCCAUGAUAGUCAGCACAUUACCCCAGAAAUGGAAAAUCAGUUACAACAUGUUGGAGUUGAAAACUCAGAAGGCAUGGCCAGUGCCAUAACUACUGGAAGCCAGGGUGGAGAGGAGGAUGUUUCACAUCUGGUGGAAGAGGAGCAGGCUAUAGAAUUUAUGACACAAGAUGGCCGGAAAGUGAGACUUGUAACAUCAUAUGAAGUUGACCCACUUCAUUUGAACACUGACUAUCUUGCCACAACGUAGUCACAUUAAAUGAGUCAAUGUGAAUGAACACUACAAUAUGAGAACAGUAUUAUUUCACGAGUUUUAUCUGUGAUUGAUUUAUUGUAUUAAAAAAAUGGCAUUAAGAAUAUGAAUUAUUGCCACUUGCUUCCAUUUUCAAGAAUAUUCCAAGCAUUUGAAUUCCUACUUUUCAGUUGAAGGGAGUUUCAAGUAUAAAGUAUAAAGAGUUCAUGAUACUCUGAACUGUUUAAAGUGAAACAUGAAGUUCUUUUUUGUUAUUUUGUAUGUAAUAUAAUUAUAUUGUUCCAUAAUUCUUGAUUUCUAAAUUUUGAAUUUCAGUCCAUUUCUUAUGUUAGACUAUGAUACACAUGUUACAGUGUUGAUGUCAGGGGUGGUGUGAUUAAUGAAGAGUAAGUACAGAUAACAUGGAACAAAAGUUGUUAGAUGAAUUUUGGGCAGGGAUUGUUUUGAAUUUGAUAAUUCAAAGUUAACAGAAAUAGGUUUUGAUCAUUAUGUGACUGGAAUGGCUGAUUAUUUUCAGAGUUCUGUA